CGGAUGUAAUCUGUGUUGUAUUGUAGUCAGUUUUCCGUUACAGGAACGACGCUGAUUUGACAGAGCGGCGUAAAGUUUGAAAACAGUACGGGAUGGACUCUCCAGGCAAAAGUCGAAGUCCUAGUCCUGCACAGAAAGACCGCAGUGGACCUUCAGAAGAAGAAUCCAGUCCAGUGGCUGAGCGGUCCCCUGAGCCUGCCACGGUCGAGAAAAGCCCCCAAGAGAGGCCGUCCCCUCAGGCCAGUCCUGCAGACCGUCCCUCCUCCAGGAGCCCUGCUUCGGGGAGCCCUGCCUCCAGCAGCUCAGACAGCAGCAGCAGCAGUGAUGAGGAUGAACAUAAUGGAGCAAUGAGGAAGCUUAGGAGCAGCGUGGCUCAGAUCAAAAGAUCAAGAUCCAAGUCUAAAGAGCAAGACCGGUCCAGGUCCAGAGACAGAUCACAGUCCAGAGAGAGAGACAGAUCCCAGUCCAGGGGCAGGGAUAGAUCUAGGUCCAGAGGAAGAGACCGGUCAGGUUCAAGAGACAGAUCCAGGUCUAGAGGACGAGACAGGUCUCGAUCAAGAGGUCGGGACAGAUCCAGGUCCAGAGAGAGAGAUCGGGACCGCUACAACAGAGGACGCUAUAACAGGGAUCGCUAUGAUGAUCGCAGAGAUGACAGAGGCGGGCGGUUCGACAGACGAAGGGAUGUUGACGUUGAUGCAGAUCGCAGGAGGCACGGCCGCUGGGCCUCCCCUCAACCAGAGAGGGAGCCGGUCACAACAGAAGAGCCGCCAGUCAAGAAGAAGAAAGAGGAGAUCGACCCGAUCCUGACGAGGACGGGAGGAGCGUAUAUCCCACCUGCCAAGCUUCGCAUGAUGCAGCAGCAAAUCACAGACAAGAGCAGCCUGGCCUAUCAGAGAAUGAGCUGGGAGGCUCUGAAGAAGUCCAUCAACGGUCUCAUCAACAAAGUUAACGUGUCCAACAUGAUCCACAUCAUCCAGGAGCUGCUGCAGGAGAACAUCGUCAGGGGGAGGGGUCUGCUGGCUCGCUCGGUGCUGCAGGCUCAGGCAGCGUCUCCGAUCUUCACUCAUGUUUAUGCCGCCGUCGUCUCCAUCAUCAACUCCAAGUUCCCACAGAUUGGAGAGUUGAUCCUUAAACGCCUCAUCCUGAACUUCAGGAAGAGCUACCGCCGUAACCUCAAGCAACAGUGCCUGACAGCCUCAAAGUUCGUGGCUCAUCUCAUCAACCAGAACGUGGCCCAUGAGGUUUUGUGUCUGGAGAUGCUCACGCUGCUACUGGAGCGUCCGACAGACGACAGCGUGGAGGUCGCCAUCGCCUUCCUGAAGGAGUGUGGACUCAAACUGACCGAGGUGUCCCCGCGAGGAAUAAACGCCAUAUUCGAGCGUCUCAGGAACGUCCUCCAUGAGUCGAGCAUCGAUAAGAGGGUCCAGUACAUGAUAGAGGUUAUGUUUGCCAUCAGGAAGGACGGUUUCAAAGACCACCCAGUCAUCCCAGACGGCCUGGACCUGGUGGAUGAUGAGGACCAGUUCACCCACAUGCUGCCGCUGGAUGACGAGUACAACACAGAGGACCUUCUGAAUGUGUUCAAGAUGGACCCCGACUUCAUUGAGAAUGAGGAAAAAUACAAAGCCAUAAAAAAAGAAAUCCUGGAUGAAGGCAGCAGUGAUUCAGGGGAGGAUGGAGACGGAAGUGACGAGGAUGAAGAAGAAGAGGAAGAGAACGAGGCAGAGGCAGAAGAUGAAAAGGUCACCAUCUUUGAUCAAACGGAGGUCAACCUGGUGGCUUUCAGAAGAGUCAUCUACCUCGCCAUACAGUCCAGUUUGGACUUUGAGGAGUGUGCUCACAAACUGAUCAAGAUGGACUUUCCUGACAGCCAGACGAAGGAGCUGUGUAACAUGAUCCUGGACUGCUGCGCUCAACAGAGAACCUAUGAGAAGUUCUUUGGACUGCUGGCCGGGAGAUUCUGCCUGCUGAAGAAGGAGUAUAUGGAGAGUUUCGAGGGGAUUUUUUCAGAGCAGUACGAGACAAUCCAUCGACUUGAGACCAACAAACUGAGAAAUGUGGCUCGACUGUUUGCCCAUCUGCUCUACACCGACUCUGUGCCCUGGAGUGUGUUGGAGUCUGUCAGCAUGAGCGAGGACACAACAACGUCAUCCAGCAGGAUCUUUGUGAAGAUCCUUUUCCAGGAGCUCUGUGCCUAUAUGGGCCUUCCCAGACUCAACCAGAGACUCAAAGACCCGACUCUGCAGCCGUUCUUUGAAGGUCUUUUUCCUCGAGAUAAUCCGAGGAACACUCGCUUCGCCAUCAACUUCUUCACCUCUAUUGGGCUGGGAGGAUUGACGGAUGAGUUGAGGGAACACUUGAAGAACGCUCCCAAGAUGAUCAUGACACAGAAUCAGGAGGUGGAGUCCUCUGACUCCUCUGACUCCUCAUCAUCCUCCUCCUCAUCUGACUCCUCCUCAGACUCCUCUAGUGAAUCCGAUUCAGACUCCUCAGACUCCUCCUCCAGCAGCAGUUCAGACUCUGACUCCAAACACAGGAAGAAGAAGAAGAAGAAAACACCAAAAACUGAGGAGAAGAAGAACAAGAAGAAGGAGAAGGUCAAAAAGAAGAAGGAGAAAUCGUCUGACAAGAAGCGUGCGGGGCGAAAGAGUGACGGCGGGGAUGACAGUGAUGAUGAGGAGCAGCAGAAGAGGCAGGAGAGGAAAGGUCGUGCACGCGAGUUAGAGGAGCGAGAGCAUGUACGUCGCGGCAGACGAGACGAAAUAGCGCAAGAAGAGGAGCGCCAGGAAGAGGAGAGGAGACAAAAAAUGGACGUUAAAAGCCGGCAAAGAGAUGGAGAGAAGGAGAGAGACAGAGGGAGGGAAAGGGAGAGGGAGAGAGAGAGGAUGAGAGAGAAUGAGGAUAAGAGGGAAACUGAGAGAGAACGAGAGAGGCCGAGGGAAAGAGAGAGGAAUAAAGAGAACAGAGACAGGAACAGAGAGAGAGAGGAGAGGAGGAGGAGGUAAAGCUCUUAGACUGUCAUUCUAAAGCAGCAGUGAUGCACUGAUGAUUGACAGACGUCUGAAGCCUUCAUCUUUUCCUGCCGUCAUCCCUCUUCACCUCACCCUGUCUCUCUCUCUGGUGUUUUUCAUUUGGGACCCAUCUCUCGCUCUCUCGCUUAGUCUGUCUAUCUGUAUUUUCUAAUAAUGAUAUUUGUUGUUUAUGAAAUAUGAAAACAAAAAACAUUAAAGUUGCUUUAGAUGUUUUUUAA